GCGCAUGCGCAGGCAUCCCGGAACCGGAAGCAGCGCCGGUCGGGUAUGGCGGCGCUGGCGGCGGCGGCGGCUGAGGCUGAGGCAGUCCCGGCGAGCCGAAGUGAGGAACCAGCUCGAGAUGAUGCUGCAGUGGAGACUGCUGAGGAAGCAAAGGAGCCUGCUGAGGCUGACAUCAAUGAGCUGUGCCGGGACAUGUUCUCCAAGAUGGCCACUUACCUGACUGGGGAACUGACUGCCACCAGUGAAGACUAUAAGCUUCUGGAAAAUAUGAAUAAACUAACCAGCUUGAAGUAUCUUGAAAUGAAAGAUAUUGCUAUAAACAUUAGUAGAAACUUAAAGGACUUAAACCAGAAGUAUGCUGGACUGCAGCCUUAUCUGGAUCAGAUCAAUUUAAUUGAGGAGCAGGUAGCGGCCCUUGAGCAGGCAGCCUACAAGUUGGAUGCAUAUUCAAAAAAACUGGAAGCCAAGUACAAGAAGCUGGAGAAGCGAUGAAAAACCUAUUCCUAUGGGACAGAGUCUUUUUUAAUGUGUCAGAACGUUUUAUAAGAUCUGAAUCCUGGGGCUGAUGGAAUUGUCAAAACUCCUCAAAAGGCAACGAUGCUGGAACAUCCCAACACGGAGUAAACUGGAGGACUAUGGCUACUCCUGAGCUUCCUUUGAGGCAGUAUCCCUCAAAGCUCACGCUUACAACUUCUUACCUUCUACUUGAGUGCUUUACCAUCCAUUCAGGACACAGAUUCGAAGUUCAGGAUAAACCUGGCCUUGCCAGUAGAAUCAAAUGAGAGGACCUAUUUUCUCUAGUAGUGGUUGAGUACUUCAUUAUUUUCAUAAAUGGCUUGUGUUUAAGUUACUGUAUAAAUGGUUGUUUUGCAAUUAAUGAUGCUAAUGUAUUAUCGACAAGAAUCUAAAUUAAAAAAGGAAAACAAAACAAACUUGUCCUUUGCAGUUUAUCACCUUGUGGAUAUCACUAAUUUACUUUUCUAUAAUAUUGCAAAUAACUGAACAUCUUUAAAUAAUUCCAGGCCAGGUCUUCUAGAUUGAGCAGAAACAGUGAAAGGAGUGUUUUGGUAGCUUGGUGUAUGUGAUGGGCCCCUCCUGUCUCUUCUGUGUGUGUGUGUCAGAUGUCUGGGGAUGCAUGAUUGACUUAUGCUCCUUUUUGGAAAUGUGUUAAAGACCAAGAUGUGUAUGUGUUGGAUGAGGAGGUGGGGGCUGCCGCUCAUAAAAUCAAGCAUUUUAUGAAACAUCUUUUUAUUUGUGUCUGAGGGGCCAGGGGGUCCUGGGAAUCCAGAUGUCUUCCUUUCAGACUAAAGACAUCAAUGAUUGGGGGAUACUGAAUGACCAGUCUGGUUUGGAAGACAGGCAGCCUUACCCAGAGUUGGGUGUUAGCAGCUAGGAAGGUGCUUGCGGUUCCCAAUUCUACCUCCAAAAGAGUUUUUAAUUUUUUCUGUCUGUUGCCACUAUCUCUCUUCCAGACCACCAUCAUUUAUCCUCUGCGCCUCUGGACUGUAGCUGUGGUUUCUCUUCUCAAUUAUCUCUCCAAUCCACCCUCUACGCUGCUGCCAGGGCACUCUUUCUAAAACGUAAACUGGCCACAUUAUUCCUCCUGCUUGGAAUCCUUUACUGUCAGUUGUCUGUCAGUUUGUCAUACUGUGGUGGCUUGCAUGGUGCUGUGAUGCUGGAAGCUAUGCCACUGGUAUUCCAAAUACCAGCAAGGUCACCUAUGGGGGACAGGUUUCAGCAGAGCUUCCAGACUAAGACUGGGAAGAAGGACCUGGCUGUCUACUUCUGAAAAAGUUGGCCAGUGAAAACCUUAUGGGCAGCAGCAAAAUAUUGUCUGAAAUAGUGCCGGAAGAUGAGCACCUCAGGUAAGAAGGCACUCAAAAUACGACUGCGGAAGAGCUGCCUCCUCAAGGUAGAGUCGACCAUAAUGAUGAGGAUGGAGUAAAGGUUUUGGGACCUUCAUUUGCUGAUGUGGCACGACUUAAAAUGAGAAGAAACAGCUGCAAACAUUCAUUAAUAAUCGAAACAUGGAACGUCCUAAAUAUAAAUCAAAAUUGGAAGUAGUCAAAAAUGAAAUGAAACAAUUCGAGACCUAUAUCUUGGGCAUUAGUGAGCUGAAGUGGACAGGUCUUGACCAUUUUGGAUCAGACCAUCGUAUGGAAGGAAUACACAGAGUCACUGUACCAAAAAUAAUUGGUUGAUGUUCAGCCAUUUCAGGAGGUAGCAUAUGAUCAAGAACUGAUGGUACUGAAGGAAGAACUCCACACUGCACUGAAGGCAUCGGUGAAAAACAAGGCUGUAGGAAUUGACGGAUUACCAGUUGAGAUAUUUCGACAAAUGGAUGUAGCACUGUAAGCGCUCAUUCAUCUGUGCCAAGAAAUUUUGAAGACAGCUGCCUGGCCAACCAAUUGGAAGAGAUUCAUAUUUGUGCCCAUUCCAAAGAAAAGAGAUCCAACAGAACACUGAAAUUAUCAAACAAUAUCAUUAAUAACACACGCAAGUAAAAUUUUGCUGAAGAUCAUUCAAAAAUGGUUGCAGCAGUAUAUUGACAGGGAACUGCCAGAAAUUCAAGCCAGAUUAGAAGAGGACAUGGAAUGAGGUGUAUCAUUGUUGAUGUCAGAUAUAACUUGGCUGAAAGCAGAGAAUAACAGAGAGAUGUUUACCUUGUCCUUUAGUGACUAUGCAAAGGGAUUUGACUGUGUGGAUCAUAACAAAUUAUGGAUAACAUUUUGAAGAAUGGGGAUUCCAGAACACUUAAUUGUGCUCAUGCAGAAUCUGUACAUAGACAAAGAGACAGUUGUUCAAACAGAACAAUGGGAUACUGCAUGGUUUAAAAUCAGGAAAGGUGUGCAUCACAGUUGUAUCAUUUCACCAUACUUAUUCAAUCUGUGUGUUGAACAAAUAUUCCAAGAAGCUGGACUGUAUGAAGAACACGGUGUUAGGAUUGGAGGAAGACUUAACAGCCUGCGAUAUGCAAAUAACAUAACCUUGCUUGCUGAAAGUGAAGAGGGCUUGAAGUACUUACUGAUGAAGAUGAAAGACUACAGCCUUCAGUAUGGAUUACACCUCAACUUAGAACAAAAAUCCUCACAACUGGACCAAUAACAUGAUAAACAGAGAAAAGAUUGAAGUUGUCAAGGACUUCAGUUUACUUGGAUCCACAAUCAAUGCUUAUGGAAGCAGCAGUCAAGAAAUCAAACAACGUAUUGCAUUGGGCAAAUCUGCUGCAAAAGACCCCUUUAAAGUGUUAAAAAGCAAAGAUAUCACUUUGAGGACUAAGGUGUGCCUGACCCAAGCCAUGGUAUUUUCAAUUGCAUCAUAUGCAUGUGAAAGCUGGACAAUGAAUAAGGAAGACCAAAGAGUUGAUGUCUUUGAAUUAUGAGGUUGGCGAAGAAUAUUGAAUAUAUCGUGGACUGCCAAAAGAAGGAACAAAUCUGUCUUGGAAGAAAUACAGCCAGAAUGCUCUUUAGAAGUGAGGAUGGUGAGACUUUGUCUCAUGUACUUUGGACAUGUUAUCAGGAGGGAUCAG